GUCCCCUCCUACCCUUCCCCCCCGGGGAGGCUGUAUAAGGAGCUUGUUUGUCGGGGUGGACGGACCGGGAGGGACCUAUCUCCACCAUCUCCGCCAUGGACAGCAGCACCUGGAGCCCCACGGCCACCCCUGCACCUAUCCCGACCCACGAGCGCAUCCGCAAUGCCGCCGACAUCUCUGUGAUCGUCAUCUACUUCUUGGUGGUGAUGGCUGUGGGAAUAUGGGCUAUGGUUUCUUCUAACCGAGGAACUGUUGGAGGUUUCUUCUUGGCAGGCCGCAGUAUGGUUUGGUGGCCGAUCGGAGCCUCUCUGUUCGCCAGUAACAUCGGAAGUGGGCACUUCGUCGGGCUGGCGGGGACGGGCGCCGCCUCAGGAAUUGCCAUGGGGGGCUUUGAAUGGAAUGCUCUGGUUCUUGUGGUUGUUCUGGGCUGGAUUUUUGUCCCCAUUUACAUUAAGGCUGGGGUGGUGACCAUGCCUGAAUAUCUGCGGAAGCGGUUUGGAGGCAAGAGGAUCCAGAUCUACCUUUCUGUUCUGUCUCUGUUGCUCUACAUUUUCACCAAGAUUUCCGCAGAUAUCUUCUCUGGGGCUAUAUUCAUCAAUAUGGCCUUGGGUCUGAAUAUCUACUUGGCCAUAAUUAUCUUAUUAGCAAUCACUGCCCUUUACACAAUUACAGGGGGCCUGGCGGCUGUUAUUUACACAGACACUUUGCAGACAGCCAUCAUGCUUGUGGGCUCUUUCAUUCUGACUGGAUUUGCUUUCCACGAAGUGGGAGGUUAUGAAGGCUUCAUGGAUAAGUACAUGAAAGCCAUCCCUACCUUGAUUACCGAUGGAAAUCUUACCGUCAGAAAAGAAUGCUACACCCCAAGGGAGGACUCCUUCCAUAUCUUCCGCGAUCCCCUCAAGGGAGACAUCCCUUGGCCAGGACUCAUCUUCGGACUAGCCAUCCUUGCCUUAUGGUACUGGUGCACAGAUCAGGUUAUUGUGCAGCGGUGUCUCUCAGCCAAGAACAUGUCCCAUGUGAAGGCCGGCUGCAUCCUGUGCGGCUACCUAAAGCUGCUGCCCAUGUUCCUCAUGGUGAUGCCAGGAAUGAUCAGCCGCAUCCUCUACACAGAUAAGAUUGCCUGUGUCCUCCCCUCCGAAUGUGAGAAACACUGUGGUACUAAAGUUGGCUGCACCAACAUUGCCUACCCAACCUUGGUGGUGGAACUGAUGCCUAAUGGGCUGCGAGGGCUGAUGCUGUCUGUCAUGAUGGCCUCUCUCAUGAGCUCCCUGACCUCCAUCUUCAACAGUGCCAGCACCCUCUUCACCAUGGACAUCUACACCAAGAUCCGGAAGAAAGCAUCCGAGAAAGAGCUCAUGAUUGCGGGAAGGUUGUUCAUUCUCUUGCUGAUUGCCAUUAGCAUUGCCUGGGUUCCGAUCGUGCAGUCAGCUCAAAGUGGACAGCUCUUUGAUUAUAUCCAGUCCAUCACCAGUUACUUGGGACCCCCCAUUGCGGCCGUCUUCCUGCUUGCUAUUUUCUGCAAGAGAGUCAAUGAGCCAGGAGCCUUUUGGGGACUGAUGCUUGGAUUUCUGAUUGGGAUCGCCCGGAUGAUAACUGAGUUUGCCUAUGGAACCGGGAGCUGCAUGGAACCCAGCAACUGCCCCACGAUUAUCUGUGGGGUACACUACUUGUACUUUGCCAUUCUCCUCUUUGUCAUCUGCAUCAUCACUGUCUUGGUCAUCUCCUUCCUCACCAAGCCCAUUCCAGAUGUGCAUGGUAGCUGCCCUGUGGUGUGUCACGAUAGGCCUGAAGCUUUUUUGUUUCUGGUCAUUUUGGUUUUGUAUCUAAUAAUCCCCUUUUUCUGCCUUUCUCUGAAUACAGAUGUUCCCCAGGAAAGAAAAGGCUGCUUCCGGCGAGCCUAUGACCUGUUUUGUGGGCUGGACCAAGACAAAGGACCCAAGAUGACGAAGGAAGAGGAGGCUGCCAUGAAGCUGAAGAUGACGGACACCUCUGAGAAGCCACUGUGGAGGACGGUAGUGAACAUCAAUGGCAUCAUCCUGCUGGCCGUGGCCGUCUUUUGCCACGCCUACUUCGCCUGAUUCUCCUUCUGCUGUAGGUUCCCCAGAAGCCGGGCUCUUCCCUCGACCUCCCUUUACUCCCAUUCUGUGGUUUUGAAGGGAAAUCAGUCCAUUGUAAAUUUUUUCCUGAUUGGAGAACCAUGUACAUGUGUAAUUAUAGGUUAGCUGGAAGAAAAAAAUCAUUGUUUUUUUUUCCCCCUGUUAACUUAUGUAUUUGUAAUGAAUGUGAUACAGUGAUUUGUAUAUGUAGAUGCUAGAGCUGCAGAAGAAAACAUGAACUCAGGUCAGUCCAGAAAAGAGCCAGACUCAAAAACAGAAGUGAUGCCCAAUCUAAUUUGGUCUCAGAGACUAAGUUUGUCAGCCCUGUGUGUGAGCCUUAAAUAAUGCUUUUUAGAAUUUUGGUCUCCUUUGUUUCUACAACUUUCCCUAUCUGAUUUCUAAUUUCUCUCAUUCCCACUUCUUCCA